AUGACCUCACUUCAGCAGAAGCAGCAGGAUGCUCAGCUCAUCGAACUGCUUGGCUUCUUGACCGACCCGCAACCCCAAGUCAGGCGAAUCGCACUGGCUUCCUUGUUGUCAGUCUUCGUAUUCUCCAUCUACGUCAUCGGGUAUAUAAGCCCAUGUUGAGGCGAGCUCCGAGCUUGGACCGGUCGCUGACUGAUCUCGCUCUCAAUACUUGAGGCAGGCCCUACACCGCCGCGGACAAGCGAGAACGAUCCCUCUUCAACCGAGAUCACUACAUUGAGCAAAUCGCGACCAUGUGUGCCGACCAAGAGGUACGCAUAAUCGAAUCGACGCUCAGUAAACAAUCUCAGCGCAUGCACCCAGCUGAAACGUGACCGGACUUGGUCUACCUCAGCUCAUCGCACACGACGCGCUUUCGGUCUUGAUCAACCUCACUUCCUCCAUCAUUGUCGCCGAUCGACUGGCCAAGAUCCCAGGAUUCCUCACCGGUCUCGUCAGAAUGAUCAUCGUUAGUUCUCGCCUUUGUGAUAUCUCCGAGCAGAAGCACCGAGAACGGAGCAGCAUUUGAUCAGACCCAUCUUCAUUCAUCGCACAUAGGACGAGAACGCUUUGUUGUCCGAUCUGGCCUGCAUGCUCUUGUCUAAUCUCUCCAAACUCGAACACUUGUCGAUGCAACUUCUCGGCCUCCGCGUCCCCUUCAACGUCUCGAAGUUCUCCAAAGCGACCGACAAGGAUGCUGAGGAUGACGAACGACCGAGCAAGAUUGUCAAGGAAGGGGAGACGGACGAAAUUGAAGCUCUUGAAUUGCUGCUCGAGGUCUUUCUCAAAGGUGAAGGGAAGCAAUACAACCCUAAUGCCAACUACGAUUUCCUGGCCAGCGUGUUCGCCAACGUCUCGACCGUGAGUUUCAUUAAAGAGCCCGACUGUGAAGCGGAGAUUGUGAAUUUAUGACGCCUGACUCUACUCCUCUCAUAGAUCCCACUCGGUCGCUCUUUCCUCUUGUCGACAACAAGCCCGGAUGCCGAACCGCCUUUGGUGAAAUUGAUCUCUUUCACCGAGCACCCUUCGACGAUCCGUCGCGGUGGUGUCGCUUCUUGCAUCAAGUGGGUGAACGUCAUCACCAUACCAUAAGAUGGAAUCUGACUUACCGGCAGAUCUUCCUCAGAAACUCUGCCUUCCAAAAAGCGGGUCACACGCGACUGGUCGUUCCUUCGAAUGACCAGCCCCCGGCGUCGGGAUGUAUCGACCUCUUGCCGCAGAUGCUGCUGCCACUCUGCGGGCCCGAAGAGUUUGACAUUGACGUGAGCUCUUUCCCCCUGCGCCAGGGUCAAAACCUCCUCAGCUGACCUCGCUUUGCUUUCUCCGGCUUUCAGGUCAUGGACGAGCUCCCCGACGUCUUGCAACUCCUACCCGAUACGAAGAAACGAGAACCCGACGCCGCGAUCCGCUUGAUCCUCGUCGAAACGCUCGUUCUUCUCGCCUCCACCCGUCUCUGUCGCGAAGCGAUGCGCAAACGCGGUGUAUACGCCGUGAUCCGGGCAGCUCAUCUAGCGGAAACAGUGGACAAGGUCACCGAACCAAUGGUUCGAUUGGUGAACCUUCUGAUGAGGGAUGAGGAUGAAUCGACGGCUUUGGAGGAAGUGCCGGACCCGUUGGAAGAUGAUAAGAAGCCCGAUCACGGGUUCGAGACGGCACCUAUUGUGGGGGCGGAUGGGAACGAGGUCAAUUCGUACGGGAUAGCAGAGAGUGGACCGGUUCCGGUCGCUCAUGCACCUUCUUCUGUACCGGCAUCCAUGAAGUACGAGCAGGUCGAUUCGGAGGACGAAGAAGAGAUGCUGCUCGAAGUAUAG